AUGGAUGAAAGUAAGCUAUGGGAGGACGGCGCGGUGCAAGUGACAUGGGCGCAGAAGGCACGCGCGUCGGUGGCGGCUGUGCGCGGCGACAAUGCGGAUGACAAGCCAGGCGACGACGCUGUCCCGCUGCUCGACGUGAAAGUGGAGGAUGAGAACGGGAAGCUGCAGCGCUGUGGCGCCCCUGCGCUGCUCCGAUGCCUCCCAGGCGAUGUGUGGGAUGUUAUCACCUCAUUCCUCAACUUCCGGGAGGUGCAGUUGGUGAGCAGCACGUGCUGCCACCUCUGGCUGCUGCUGCACAGGCGGUGCAACAUAUGGCGUUGCCAAUUGGAAUACUUCCGGCGCGAUAUGGCAGACCUGCGUGGCGAUGGGCAGCUGUUGUGUACGGAUCUUGUAGUCCCACCAUCUCUUGGCGCGUACGAGCGGAUGAAACUCGAACGCAGGCUGUACGCUGUGGACGCACGGCGGGAGUGGCACUUCCGCGAACGCGAAAAGAACGGUCGGUCUGAAGGUGCCUUCUCCUUCCCGUUGACACUCGCUGAGGACGACGAAAGUGAUGAUGGAUGGGGUGACGAGGAAGUCACCCCACUGCUGCAGAUACGCACAUGGCGGCCAGUCCUACGGGGUGAUGCCAACAGCGCUAUCCCUCCUGACCAUAAUGGACUUGUUGGUGUAAAUGGUGUGACCGGUCGAACCAGCAGUGGCAGCGCUGCCGCUGCGUUCCAUUCACCGAGCGAGUAUCUGACACUCUGUGACAAUAUUAACCACAAUGACUUCACCGGGUCCCGCAUCAUUGUACAAGAGUUCACUCCUGAAGAAGACGAGCUACUUCUAUUCGCUCUACUCCAGACGCUUCGCCGUGCCAAGCGGCGGCCGCCACCCCGCGCCACCACGAAUGAAAGUCGUACCUCUUACCAUCUCGCACUGCGCUACUUUGGCGGCGUGCUGCUUUCGAUCUGCCGUUACGAGGCGGAGCAACUUCUGCGAUCGAUCCUGCGCAUGCCCGACCUGCUCGAUGACUUUAUAGUAUACAGUGAUCCUGGCCGGGGUGGGUUGCCCAACCCGGGUGGCUCCACACUGCGCUGCCAGACACUUUACUUCAUCGCCCCCGAGCUGUGCCGCCGUGGCCGUCUGGGGCUUGUCGUGGUGGACCCGGUUCGUGUGCUCGUCGUGGUGGGAAAGGAACGCGUCGCGCGCGACGACCCGCGGUGGGACGACGAGCGCGCGGUUGCAGCAGCCGACGGAGGCCACGUGGUAUACGGGUCCGGCAUGAACCCGCAGCAGGCACGCCGAGGGUAG